AUGCCGCUUGGGGCUGUCUGUAUAAAAGGAAGACAUAAAACUCUAUGGGGAAGGCCGCAGCGAGCGGCUCCUCGUAUUGAGGCGCUACUUAAGGAGAGACAGCAGCAGCAGCAGCUGCAGCAGCAGCAGCAGAAGCAGCAGAAGCAGCAGCAGCAAAAGCAGCAGCAAAUGAAGAGACAGAAAAAGAAGGAAGACAAGCAACAGACUAGCUCUAUACACAACGGUGCAGCAGCAGCAGAUACUGCAGCAGCAGCAGCAGCAGAUACUGCAACAGCAACAGCAGCAGCAGAUACUGCAGCAGCAGCAGCAGCAGGUACAGCAGCAGCAGCAGCAGCAGAUACUGCAGCAGCAGCAGCAGCAGAUACUGCAGCAGCAGCAGCAGCAGAUACUGCAACAGCAGCAGCAGCAGCAGAUACUGCAGCAGCUGCAGCAGCGGAUACUGCAGCAGCUGCAGCAGCAGAUACUGCAGCAGCAGCAGCAGCAGCAGAUACUGCAGCAGCAGCAGCAGAUACUGCAGCAGCAGCAGCAGACACUGCAGCAGCAACAGCAGCAGAUACUGCAACAGCAGCGCAAACAACAGGCAGUUCUUAA